UUCCACUCCGUUACAACUCAUUUGGCCUUUUUUUUUAAUGUGUUGUUGCUCAUAAAAAAUUUCAUAUUUUACACAAAUGAAUUGUGUGGAUUUGGAGAUCUAUAUAUAAAGGCAAGUUGGGAUGGUAGUGCAACAGUACUUAUUUGGCACAUUGGUCAUAUUUUUCUUUGGGAAAAAGCAAAUCAUAAUAUGGGUGGGUUAGAUGAUUACAUGCCAGCACUGGCUAUGUUUGGAUUGCAAGUCGGUUAUGCAUUGCUUACUCUCUCAACCACGGCUGCUCUCUUGCAAGGAAUGAGCCCGAGGAUUUUUGUUGUCUACAGGCAAGCCAUUACUACUUUGGCCAUUGCUCCUCUAGCUUAUUUCACAAGAAGAAAAACUAGUAGGUCAUGUUUGGGGUUGAAGAGCUUUUCCUUGAUAUUUUUGGCUUCUCUUGUUGGUGUUACAAUCAACCAGAACAUCUACUUUGAGGUUUGUACUUUGGCUUCAUCUUCAAUGGGAAGUGCAAUGGGAAAUCUAGUCCCCGCCAUAACUUUUGUAAUAGCAUCUUUUAUCGG